UUGCACCAUUCUAGCCAUAGCUUCGUACUUGUUUGCUUUAUUGCAGCCAAUUCUGCCAACCAACAUGAAGAUUCUGCUUCUCCUGGGACUGAUCGCCGCCGUGCGGGCCGCUCCGGGCUACUACGGCGAUCACGGGCUGUCGUACGUGGCGGCCGCUCCGGCACCGUACGUGAAGUACGCCGCGCCGGCCGUAUCGGUCGUCCAUGCCGCUCCGGCCCCCGUGCUGAAGUAUGCCGUGGCGCCGGCCCCGAUCGUGAAGGCGGUUGCACCGGCGGCCACCAGCUACGCCACCAUCCAUCAGGUGCACGCGCCGGUCGUGCAUGCGGCACCGGUGGUUAAGUAUGCCGCACCGGCCCCGGUCGUGUCGUACGUCCACUCGGCACCGGCGGUCGUCGCUCAUGCGCCCGCCCCGCUGCUCAAGUACGCGCCCGCCUACCACGGAUGGUAAGGAAGCACCAAUGAAGGACCGUCCACCGUUUGGUGGCAAGGAACGUUCUCCCGAUCAUCUCUACGCCAUCUGUUUUGCAAGCCCAGCUUCUGCAAGCAUCUCUGAAAGCCAUAAUGAAGUUUUGUUGUGUGUUGCGUUAUUUAUUACCUUGUUUGUUUUUUUUUUUUUUUGUUG